AUCACCUUCUUCAGAGCGUCACAUCAACUAACGGCCCUGGUUUUGAGGAACUAACGGGGAAAGCAGCAUGUUAACAAACAGGCUGAGCACAGAGCUGAGCGCCUGGAGCAGGCAGUGAGCAGCAGCUGGACACACCAGACACAGAGGAGAGGCAGGGAUGGAGGCGAGGUGAUGCCAAAGGCACGGAGGAGACCAUGGCCGGGUGCGGUGCUGGGACACCCUUCCUGCUGCAGCUCUCCCUGCUCCUGCUCCUCCACCUGGGCGGGACGCUGGGCUGUGCCUCGGUGACUGUGGGCUCCCCCAUUGUGCCCCUGGGCUCGGCUGUCACGGCAUCCUGCACCGUCCAGAGAGAGCUCUGCCGCGGCUUGGAGCAGGGGAAGGUCCGGAUCAGAUGGAUGCUGGACAACAAGCUUGUGGCUGGGAGCCAGCGCCAGGGUCCAGGGGGCACAGAGGUGUCCAACCUCACCCUGCCCCGGUUCAACCACACGCAGGCCAGGCUAUGGUGCUGUGUGGAGUGGAACGGGACCAAGCAGCGCGUUGGCAUGGCCGAGAUCAGGGCGGGCUACCCUCCUGCGAAGCCCCUCAACCUCAGCUGCGUCCUGAACCUCAGUGACUACGGGCUGACGUGCCAAUGGGAGCAGGGAACCGACAGCCACCUCCCCACCAGCGUCGUGCUGAAGUGCACAGGGAGCAGAGCCCAGGAGGUGACGGGCUGCACCCCACGAGAAGGGCACAGCCACUGCACGGUGCCACGCCGGCUGCUGCAGCUGUACCGGCAAAUGGAGAUCUGGGUGUCUGCCACCAACGCCCUGGGCACGGCCGAGUCAGAGCAUCUCUGCAUCGAUCCCAUGGACGUGGCCAAGCUGGACCCCCCAACCCUGCAGAGCAUCCAGUCUAUCCCCUUCCAGACCGACUGCAUCACCCUGGCCUGGGAUUUGGCAUGGGGCACAGAGCAUAUGGAGCUGCAGUGUGAGCUGCGUUACCGGGCACCCGAGGACUCUGCCUGGGCCCUGGUCACCGGCAUCAGUGGCCGGGCAGGCACUGCACAGCGCUGCGGCUUCCUCUUCGGCACACAGUACCACUUCCAGAUGCGGUGCCGGCGGAAUUCAGCAUCGGCAUUGGCUCACUGGAGUGAGUGGAGCCCAUGCAGGAGCUACACCACCCACGAGAAAGGUGAGUCCCCCACAGGGAAGCUGGAUGCGUGGUGGGGGGCUGAGCCGGCCGGGACAGGGGGGUGGCUGGAGGUGCAGCUGCGCUGGAAGGCCCCACAGCAGCAGGAAGCCAACGGGCGAGUGCUGGGCUACCGCGUCACCCUGAGCCCCCGGAGGAGGGGCAGGGACCCCCCCACCGUCUGCAACACCACCCACACCCAGUGCAACUUCUCGGUGCCCGUGGGGACCAGGAGGGUCUAUCUCUCAGCCUACAACGCCGCCGGCGAGUCGGCACCGACUGAGGUCGUCCUCCUGGAGAGGAAAGGUCAGCCCCUGGCAGGGCUCCGGGCCGUGCCCGGGGGCGAGCACAGCCUCUGGGUGCACUGGGAGGCACCGCUGGUCCCAGUGACCGCCUACAUCCUGGAGUGGCAGCGGGUGACAGUAGAGCCUGGGCACUGCAGCGCAUUCUGGCAGAUGGAGCAUGACAGGGCAGCCACCACAGCUCUUAUCCAGGAUGGCAUCGAGCCUUUCCAGCGGUACAACAUAUCUCUGUACCCCCUCUACGAGAGCACUGUGGGGGUGCCCGUGCACACCACAGCCUAUUCCCAGCAGAAGGCACCAUCCCAUGCCCCAAAGCUUCACCUGAAGAGGAUCAGCAAGUCAGAGGCCGAGCUGUGCUGGGAGUCGCUGCCAGUGGACAUGCAGAACGGCUUCAUCACCAGCUACACGAUCUUUUGGGCCAACAGGAUCGCUGACCUGGCCAGUGCCACCGUGAAUACUUCCCUCAGCUCCUUUGUCAUCCGGGGCCUGAAGCCAUCGACCCUGUACAAGGUGCACAUCAUGGCAUCCACAGCUGCUGGCAGCACCAACGGCACCAGCCUGACCCUGGUGACCAAAGUGCUGGAUGACACCGAGAUCCAGUUCCUCUUCCUGACCCUGGGGCUGGUCUUCGUUGUGCUCAUGGUGUUGCUCAUCUGCUUCCAGAAGAACGAGCGGAUGAAGGAGCAGCUCUGGCCCAGUGUCCCCGACCCCGCCAACAGCAGCCUGGGCAAGUGGGUGCCAGCAGCGGUGCCGCAGGUGAGCCCGGGCGGCUCUUCUCAGUCCCCACCCAGCACAUGGCCCCUGUGA